CUAGAUUUUUUUUUUAAGUUUUGGUUCAUUAUUGUGACUAAAUAAAAAUAUGACACACUCAAAAUUCUCAAACAACUUGUGCAUGUUCUUUUACUUUAUGUUCCUACACUUGUGGUUUAUGGUUUAUGAAUCCGUCUUGAUUUUGUACCAUGUUGAUUUAUUGGAUUCGAAUAUUGACGACAGACUGAAGAUCGGGAUAUUUAAAUUCGAGACAACUCAUUUUUGCAAGUAACGUAUUUCAAGGACAAGCACCUAAAUUUGCAUGUCUCGGCUGAGUGGUAGAUAAAACUCUAAUUGAUAUUUUCCCAAUCAAGUAUUGCGCAAUUUUCUGUAAUACCUAGGUGAUUUAGAAGUUGUAAGCUACUAUUUAAAAUUCUGGUUCGAAGGUUACAGAAUUUAAACAGCAUUUUCGACAUUAUGUAUACGUAGAAGUAAACAGCAAGAUUAACCACCAUGGUACUGUCGAUGGAACGUUGGAAGGGAAAAGUGGCCAUUGUGACUGGUGCCAGUGUAGGAAUUGGUGCCGCCAUUGUUGAAACAUUGGUAAAUGAGGGUCUAGUGGUAGUAGGUCUAGCUCGGCGAUCCGAAAAAGUUCAAGAACACGCUAAAAGACUUAUAGGCAGAAGCGGGAAAUUGCAUGCUGUGAAAGCCGACAUUUCCAAAGAGGAAGACAUACUUAAAGCCUUCCAAUGGGUUACAAAAAAAGUAGGCCCUGUCCACAUUUUAAUCAACAACGCCGGUAUAGUCCAACAAACCAACUUAGUUGAAGGAGACGCAGAAAAAUGGAAGAAAAUUUUCGAUACUAACGUCAUCGGUUUGUCAAUAGCCACAAGAGAAGCAGUGAAAAUCAUGAAACAAAACAAAAUUGACGGUCACAUUAUUCACAUCAACAGCACAUUAGGUCACAGGAUUUUUUACCACUCCUUUGCAAAUGUGUAUCCGGCUUCAAAGUACGCCGUUACGGCUUUAACUGAAACUCUUAGGCAGGAGUUGAACCAUCUUGGACUUAAAAUAAAAAUUACGAGUGUUAGUCCGGGAGUAACCACCUCGGAACUUGCACAAACUAAUGACAUUGUUUUCGACGAAAAUCUGAAGAAAAUGUUUGAAAAAAUGCCGAAACUAAAAUCGGAAGAUAUCGCUGACUCGGUACUUUAUGUACUGUCUACGCCACCACACGUUCAGGUGCAUGAACUAACAGUUCAGCCAGUUGGAGCGGGUUAAUAGAGAUUUUCUUUUUUUCAAAAUUUUUGUUCAUGAUUGUGACUAAAUAAAAAAAUUAUAUAUUUAUA